AUGACGCUGAACGCCUACUUGGGCAACAACCGUUCCAUGCUUGUCGGCCUCUUCCGCAUGGGCGGCGCCGUCAUCCUCCUCACCAACGGCCGCCUCUGUGACCGGCGUCGUUCCAAGUACCAGCUGAUCCACACCAACAAGGGCGUCGACAAUCACAGCUACUCCUACAUCACACAGGAGUGGGACAAGGAGGGCAAGGUCGGCGUCGUACUAUCUAAUAGGACAAGUAAGGUGGAACCCUCGAAAUUGAGGUUGAGAUCCUCUGUCCUCAAAAUGAUGUAUCUCCUCGUCGAUUGGACGGAUUAA